UUCUAGACUCUUCCUUCCUUCUUUGUUUGGGUGUGUUUGGGUUAGUGUGUGUUGCAAGUUCCAAUUCCCAAGUCCCAAGUCACAAGUCCCAAGUCCCAAUUCUUAAUCUUGGAAGUCACCUUCCUUGUUUUCUAUUCGCUAUUCGCACUUGCCGUUGACCAACUAUCGCAUAAUAAAUAAACUAAGAUGCGCCCGCAAAUUCUCACUUCUGCCGCCUUUUCUCUUUCUCGAUUCUCAAGUACAUCUGCCACCUCUAACCUAGCCUUUAAAUCUCUCGCUGCUGCAACCUGCCCUUCAUAUAAAUUAUUAUUCACCCCUAGUGUUUGCCAACCCGCCUACGUCUCCUCACCAGCUCAGAAACGCUUCCAGUCCAACAUGGCUACCAACGCUAACGCUUUCCUCGAGCUGGUCAAGAACCGCCGCACUUACUAUGCCCUCAACAAGGAGUUGACUGUCUCCAAGGAGCGUAUCCAGGAGAUCGUAAAGGAGGCCAUCCUACACACCCCCUCCUCUUUCAACUCUCAGUCCAACCGAAUCCUGGUUCUCUUCGGAGCCGAGCAUGACAAGCUCUGGGGAUUCGCUACCGACAUUCUCAAGGCCAUCGUACCUGCCGAUGCGUGGGAGCACACUGCUCAGCGAAUGAACAUGUUCAAGGGUGCUGCCGGAACCAUCCUAUUCUUCCACGACCAAAACGUUGUCAACGAGUACCAGGAGAAGUUUGCUAUUUACGCCGACAAGUUCCCCACCUGGGCAGCUCAGUCCGACGCCAUGAUCCAGUACGUCCUAUGGACUGCGCUUACGGCCGAGGGUCUCGGUGCCAACCUACAGCACUACAACCCCCUCGUCGAUGAGAAGGUUGCCGCCGAGUGGAACAUCCCCUCCAGCUGGAAGCUCAACGCCCAGCUUGUCUUCGGUGGCCGCGCCGGCGAAGCUGGCCCCAAGGACCAGAAGCCCAUUGAGGAGCGCCUCAAGGUUGCCGGUGCCUAAAUUCGAUACCCCAUCUGGCGUCCUCUGCUCUAGCUUGGCCAGCCAAAAAAUAUAUGGUUAGAACUUCGGAUAUGUCGUGGGCUGGUAGUAGGAGGGAUCAACCCCAACUUCUUUUAAAGCCGAAGGAGGAACCUAAAUAGAUGAGAUCGACCGAUGUUCUAGAUUUACAGACAGUCAAGGCGACUUGUUGGAUAGGCGGUUUCGUCGUUCGAUUCUGCGUUGCUCCCUGCGUUCCCUUAGACUACAUACCUCGGAAGCGGUGACAUCUACAUCUUAGACUUAUCAAAUAAACUAGUAAAACUUGACAAUACUCGAAGAGUUUGAGAAGACUGGGAAUUGUUUAUGAGCCAGUGAUUUGCAGUUUAGUAAAAAUAUCCAAGAGAUGGGGACUUGGAGUCUUGGACAUGUAGAUGUGACGUUUAGGUACACAUGCACGUGUAUAACACCAAUGGGCGUAAAGAUGAUACGUACCUAGGUACCUCAUAGUCAUCUCAGGUGAAGCUGAUGUUGAAAUUAGGUUUCUAGGCAUAAAGACUAAUUAUCUUAAAAUAAGAUAAAGUUAGAAAUGCCCCUGGAAUUGAUAAGGGGCAUUUGAGCCUCAUCCAACAUGACCAAGAAGUAAUAGAGGUACUUACUUAUA